AUGUGCCCUACAAGUACAACAAAUCACCUUCUUCCUGUUCCACAUGGAGCCACAGCGAAGUUGUGGAUCAUCGACACCACCGGCACCAUCGAGGGUAUGCCAGCGGACCAUCUAGUGAAGCCGCAUCUCCCGACUUUUGACAUGUUCCCGAGAGUCCCUAGUUGGUCGUUUCUGAUCGAGACAACGAUUUCGGGCAAGACGAGGAGGGUGCUCUUCGACCUCGGGAUUCCUCAGGACGUCUAUUCGCUCCCGCCCAUUGUCUCGGAUAGAUUGAAGUCCAAAGACUGGGUUAUCAACGUACCAAAGACCACCGCUGAGGUUUUGCUGCAGCAUAGCAACGCUGUUGGCGACGCAGGCCGGCCCUUGCAACUUGAGGAUAUCGAGGCCGUGAUUUGGAGUCAUUGGCAUUGGGAUCACCAAGGUGACAUCCAGCAUUUCCCUUCCACUACUGAUCUGGUCGUCGGACCAGGGUUCAGCAAAGAAUUUCUUCCGGCAUACCCGGCUGGUCCCAAAUCACCAAUCCGGCAGAAAGAUCUCAAUGGCAGGCGUUUGCGAGAGAUCAACUUCGACGGCCCAGAGACUGUGCAGGUAGGGGAGAUGAGAGCCAUGGAUUACUUCGGCGAUGGCUCAUUCUACCUUCUCGAUACACCUGGUCACGCCGUUGGCCACCUGGGGGGCCUCGUACGCACCACAUCGAACCCGGAGACUUUUGCGUUUCUUGGGGGUGAUUUAACUCAUCACGGCGGUGAACUUCGACCGUCCAAGCAUCUGAGCUUCGCAUCGGCUGCAGCUUCCAUUGGUGCAGAGAAUGUAGGCAAUCACACUGCCACGGUUGAGAUUCUCGAGUCACUUCAAACGUCGCGAGGACGCAAUGUCAGUCAAUCCUUUUUCGAUCCUGUGAUCACAAGCGAUUUCAAUGAGGCUUUGAGAACGAUCGCCCAUGCACAAGAAGCCGAUGGACAGGACAACGUUUUCUUUAUUGCAGCACACGACGACACUAUCGAGGGCGUGGUAGACAUAUACCCCAAACAAGCUAAUGAUUGGAAGGCUCGGGGAUGGCGGGAGAAGACAUUGUGGACCUUCUUGAGAGACUUCCGCGGGGCUUUUCAGACCGGUUCUGUUUCUAACCUACCAAUUUUCCGAUGUCCAGGAUAUUGA